AGCAUCAACAACUUACAGUCAUUUUGAAAAGUGAAAAGGGAUUUUCCACAUUUUAGUUUAUAGCGACCUAUUUGCCUACCCUCGUGAGAGACAUUGCAUUUUUGCGUUCUUAAAAUAGAUACCACACGUGCCAGUUUAGAAAAAAUAGAAAAAGUCGUGUACGUUAGUUUAUCGCCUGUUUAGUGCUCAACAGCAAUUAAAUGACACUGAAAUUUAAAUACAUUUGUUUGCACAAUUCAUGUUUGCAAUGUACUAAAUAUCACAGGCCACAUAUAUUUACAACAACUACACACAUCCAUGUGCACUUGUGUGUGCUUUCACAGUUCAGCUCUCUUUGUAGUGCAGCCAUCAAGCGCAAGUAAAAAAAAUUAACAGUUAACAUUUGUCGAUGUAAGUUAAGUGACAAAUUCCCCGUGGAGUUUGUGAGCUUAAACGCAAAUUUGUGCACGCGAAUGUUUUACGGUAAUAUGCAAUUUGAAAGGCUGACAAUCAUAUUUUAUGUGCCAUAUCAGAACGUUGCGGCACCCCGGAAUGUGGUAAAGUGAAUUUGUACGCAUAUGUGGCGCAUUGUUGAGGAGAGAAUAUAGAAAAAAAAUUAUUUAUACUGAUAAAAUAUUUAAUGAAUUUAUAUAAAAUUUAAACUAUUGAGAAUAAUGUUAACGGAAGAGCUCGUACCAAACCGUCGCCUAGCAAAAAUCUAUCCACGUGCAAAUUUAAUAACAUUUCAAAAUUAUCACCAACCAAAAGCAUCGAAGAAGAGUGCGAACAAGAACUUGAAAAAUUUCAAAGAGCUAAUUGGUGAAUUUGGUGAACACACAAGUAUACACGGCUUGGGGAAACCACUUGCAGCAAAUAUCAGCGUUGUGCAGCGCCUUUUCUGGACCAUCGGUUUUCUCUGCGCGCUCGGCAUGAUGAUUUUUGUGAUUCAAAUACUCGCUGCGCGCUAUAACCGACAACAAUUCAAGACGGUAGUUAAUGCAACGAAUUAUCCGAUUUAUCGCAUUUUCUUCCCCGAGGUGCAUAUAUGCAAUCAGAAUCGCUUAAACUGGGCACGUUUCCCUUCGGCAAAAGAAAACUAUUUACGUCGCGAGCAUCACAACACCCAUUUGGAUCGUCUUUUCACCGAAGUGGUGGCGCUGUAUGACACUUUCACUUUUGGCCGUUUCGAUGUAUUUCAAAAUUUGAGUGGUCAAGCAUUGCACGAGUUGAAUUAUGUGAAUUUCACGUCCGUUGCGAAAUUUAUGUCCUGGCGUUGCGAUGAACUAUUCACGAAUUGUGUUUGGCGUCAUACACCAAUGAAUUGUUGUGAUAUAUUUAUAAUGCGUCGUUCCACAUAUGGAUUUUGUAUGUCCUUCAAUUCACUCGAAAUGACAGAGGAACAAUUAAGACAGAAGUUCGACGAUAAAUGGCCAUGGCGUGCGGCUCGAAGUGGGCCGGGUACUGGCCUAAAGGUGCGAGUGCUGAUAAACGAACAGCUGCAUUCACCCUACUCAACAAAGCAGAAGGGCGUUAUGUUCAUGCUGAUGGAGCCAGGCGUGUGGUGGGGCUAUCCGAAUCGUGUGGACGUAACUGGUCAGGUGCAGGUGCGAAUUAAUGCCCAACUUAGUUUCUACGAUGAUGCAACGCGGCACAUAUCUUCGAGAAUACGCGAGUGUGUCUUCGAUACUGAACGCAACAGCAUUGAUUUUAGAACAUUACUGAAUCACGUUUAUAUGUUUGAGAACUGCCAAGCCGAGUGCCGGCAAGAGUAUACAAUGAGAUUUUGCAAUUGCUCAGUGGACAUAUUCUUUCCGCCCAGCCAAUACCCGCCAUGCAAAUUGUCGGAUAUGCCAUGUUUGGUGCGACACAACAGCCGCUUGACCUCCUUCGAACAAAGUGACGAAGUAGAAUUUUCGUCAUCUGGCGCACAGAAUUUGGCUAUAGUCUGCGAGUGCUUAUUAAACUGUCUAUCGCUGGCUUAUCUCAUAGAUGUGCGCGCCUCUUUACUGCCUAAUGCCAUUCAAAAACUGAAUAACUCUCAUAUAAAUAUGGAUUUUUAUUUUAUACGCGAUUCAAUUGUGGUCUUUCGAACGACUGUAAUUUAUACUUGGGUGGAUUUGUUAGUUAACUUUGGCAACGCGACAGCUCUCUUUCUGGGAUGUUCGCUCAUUAGCGCCGUCGAAUUGAUCUUCUAUUUCUGCGUUUAUAUGCCACGACGCCUUUGGAGAGCUCAUAAGAAAUUAAAGAAACUAACGCGCGCCCCAAUACAUUACGACUGGAUGACUCAGUUGUCUAUCAGAAACGAAACAAGUAUGAAAUCUGAAGAAAUUAAAGAAAUGGAACACAAAAAAUUCUGAAAGCCAUUUAUUUCUAAAAUAUUUGCUCACUUUAAACGUAAACUGAAAUUCAGUUAAGUUCAAAUACCAAAUUUUUCAUGAAUACUCAUUGCACUUUUCAAGUAGAAAAAUAAAUUGAUAAAAUUGUACAUGAAACAUUUAAGCAAAACAAUAAAAUAAACACCAAACAAUGAUUGUUUCAUGACA